AUGGUUUCCAUUAUCGAUUUUCCAACGGAGAUUCUUUGGAUCAUAGCCAGCACCUUAUCGGGCGGCCAGAUUUCUGCUUUUGCUCAGACCCACCGAAACCUCUAUCCCAAGCUGCGUCUGGCGCUAAUAAAGUACAAUAUCAAGCACCAAAACAGCUCGGCGCUUCAUUGGGCUGCUAAGACCAAUCAUUGUGCAUUUGCAAAGGCGUUAAUCUCUUACCGAGCCGACGUAAAUGCACUAGUUGACGAUUCAUCCCCUCUCAUGACAGCCGCAGAUCACGGCUCGGAGCUGGUGAUCAAAGUAUUACUGCAGAAGAGAAGGUUGCGCGUGAACUUGAGAAAUACCAAGGGAGAGAGUGCUCUGUGGCACAGCGUGGCGACAACAUCAUCCGUCAUCGUCACCCAGCUCCUUCAACACCCUCAGCUCAAAGUCGACCUCCCAAAUUCUGAGGGGCAGACGGUGCUCUGGCUUGCUGUCUUUCAAGGAAACAGAGACUAUGUGUGCCAACUACUCAUAAGAGAUCUCCUACUUGAUCACUGGAAAGCGACAUCCCCUGGAGUCAUAUCACAGGAUACACCGCUCACUAGAAGUGAGGAAACGGUUACGUCAGUUGCUGGUAGCGGAGGUGCUUCCAUAUCACGAAUGCUGCGCCUCCGGGGAGAGGAAUUCGAUAUAGUUGAUGAACAGGGACUGACACCUCUCCACACAGCGGCAAGGAGCGGUCAUCUUUUGGCAGUGGAUUUUCUACUUCGCCACGCAAAUACUCUCUUGAACCGUAAAGACAGUUACGGUAGGACUGCGCUGUGGUGGUCUACCUUUUCAUUCUAUGAUCGUGUCACGCAGAGGCUUCUGGAAGAGAAGGACGUGGAGAUCAGUACGCUUGGAACAUGUGGGAAGUAUGAUAGCCCUUCUACCUCGCUCCACCAUCUAGCCAGAAGAAAUGAUACAACCGUUCUUGGAUGGUUCUUAAGCCGGCCGAGUCUUGACCCAAAUCUAUGCGGGGGCUCUCAAUCUCCUCUUUGUCUGGCUAUACAACAAGGGAAUACCGCAGUGGUGAGAUUACUCCUCACUCACAAAAAGACACAAAUUAACGCCGUGGAAACACCCAAUAAUUCGCCGCUUCUUUUGGCAACCCAGGAGGGCCACCGUGAUAUGGUUGAAUUGCUGGUCCGGCAAGGUGAUCGGCUGCAGAUCAACCAGUUGAACAGUCCUGAUAAGGAGACGGCACUUUGUGUAGCCAUUUGUCACGGAAGACUUGAUAUCCUAGAUAUUUUGCUUGGGCAUCCUCGAAUCAAUAUUGAUACGAUCAAUGGUUGGGGUGAGACGGCCCUGUUGUUAGCGGUCAAACGAGAAGAUAUCGCAAUGGUCAGCAGAUUACUCCAGGGCCCGAACUUGCCUUGUAUUUUGGCAAUGCCAGCCGAAGUUGCUCAAUCCCGUAAAAAUCGUGAUAUGAGCCGUCUCAUCCAAGAGGCAAUGAAGCAAAAGAGCCACAGAGACUACUCGUCAAGGGAGAGACAACGUCAGAUACGAAAAAGUCGUGUAAAUUUCAGCUUCGUUUGA